AUGUAUUGUAAAACCGAUUUCAGGAAAACGGCUGACAAACUCAAUGUCGCACAUUCUUCAUCAACAAACGCCGAGCAAAGUGACUGCACCAGCGGCUACUUCUCAGCAGAAACUGAGUCGGAACGGAAAAAUGUCAGAAACUGCUACAAGAAAUUCAAAGAGAACUUUUCUGAAACGAUAAGGCGCCUAAAUCAGUAUCGGACUGACACCCCUCCAAGCAAGUGUAAGCCAUCUUCAGGAUGUGCAGAAACUUUGAGGAGGAAUGAUUUUAACAGGACAAUGAUGAGACCACCUGGCACAAGGGGGCGCUUAAGUAACAGUGACAUGCCGUGUAGUAAAAGUGGCGAAGGUGGAGAUAGAGAAUCUCCUCUGUAUUUCACCUAUGAUUCCGUUCCAGCAAUGUAUGGUGAAGAAUUUGUAGAUGCUGCAAGAAGCAAGUUGGAGUCAUCCAAUCUGGAGCAUGCAGCGAGUGAAGGAAGAGCCUGGCAGGGAAAUUUCCCAAGUGCAAGAGAUUCGCCUACAGUUGCUGAGGAGAUAUAUUACUUGGGUGCCGUUCAUCUUGAUCAGGUCCGUGUUCGCUCUACUCUCGCCGAUUAUCCGCCACCGCCGGAAUUUCACCUGCUGCCGCCAGUCCAAAAAGCAGCUUAUGUCUUUUAUGUGACCGUGUACAAGAGAAAUUACAACGACGUUUCCGAAUUCCACCGCAAGUUCAAUCGCGAGUACUUUAAAUAUACCUGCAGCGGUGACAGUGAUGUUACUGCGCUAUGGAAGAUUUGCAAGUCAAUAAAAGAUGAAUAUUUUAUGAAGAUGGCUUUGGAGUCUCGAGCGACUGAGGACGGUCACUGUCAAAAACCAAACUAUCAAAUUGAAGAGGAAAAUGCCAUGAAUGUGCAGGAUAGCUUGGGCGAAAUUUGCGACAGUCAGACUACACACUAUCCAAUCCUUGAAGCAAACCAAGCUCCUCUAAAAUAUCGCGUAGCACAUGCUUUCGUCACAUUUGGAUACCUAGGAAAAAUGGUUACGGUAAAUCCGUGCUCAUCACCAUUCCUUGUGCAGAUAGACGAUGUCAAAACAAUUCUCACCGAUCCACAUGACAGACGUCUUAUCCAUAUUGCGCAGAUAUUCAGAGGUCCUCUUAUCAUUGAUGAAACACCCACUCACUCGGUACUACUGUACAUAGAGCGUCAAAUCAAGCGAAUCUCAGGUUGCAGAUGUGCUACAGAUAAUUCACUUAGUAAUGAGGUCGCCGACUGCGCGUUGAUAUGGCACUUAUUGCGCAUGCUCGUCCAACAACAAGGGCGUGUAACCGGUCCGGACCUCGCAAGGCUGCUAUUAGAAACUAAAUCCACUUCAUCCUGCGGCAGUACGGAAGGACAGCACUCGCGCAAAGAAAUUAGACGUAAUAGCAACACAGGUACACACAUUUUCAUGGCUUCCGACACAGGAGGCCGCGAAUGCUCCAUGAAACUGCUUCUUACAGGUCAUAUCAAUGAAGCCAUCGAUAAUGCAUUCAAAGACGAACUCUAUGCCGACGCUAUGAUUAUAGCUAGACAUGUGCUCGCGCACGAUCCAGCAAAGCUUGUAGAGAUUGAGGAACGUUUUUUGUGCACCAAGAGGCGAGGCGAUCCAGUAGUGACACUCGUAUCAGUAGCUCGAAACAAGCCCCUUUCCUACCUAACAAGCUCCAUCGUUGACUUGGGAUGCUGGCGAGAGCAUGUUGCGAUUAUUCUUGCGAACCUCUCAAAUCAAUAUGCACUGAAUUAUGUAUAUGAACUUGGAAAAUUGUUGGCACAACGCAAGCACAACUGUGCCGCGGACUUCUGCCUCUUGGUCAUUGCCAUACUGACAGAAAUAAAUUCUUUCAAUCCAUUUAGAGAGAAUUAUGAUGCGGGCACAUCGGAGCAUUUAAGACUCAUCCACAGUGAACCUGCAUAUGGCAGGUUUGAGAAUACACAGUGUCGAUAUGGCUUUUCCCUCAGUGACUUUCACGCAACAGAAAUAUUCGAUUAUGCUGUACGAUUAUCUGGGGACAAACCUUAUUCUUCCCUUAGUGAAUCGCUCGAAUUUCAACGAAUACGCAUACAGUAUACCCAACUUAUCACUGACUUUGGCGGAUUUGCCAAUGAGGCAUUUAGAUAUUGCUUGGAAAUUGCGUCCUCUAUUUGGGGGAAUAAUCAACUUAGUGUCCAAGAACUGACAGAUUUUUGCGAUUUGGCGGAUAGGUUCAAAUUUGCUGCUUGCGCAAGUGUUGAUGAAAUGUCAUCGAUUAGCUCUCUACGGGCUAUGGAACAAGAAGGGAAGCAGUGGCAGGAAUCCGAGAUCGUCCAGUCAAACUCGGUUGCAACUGAAAACGCUUGUGAAGCUGACUCUAAUACGCAAGAAACUGUUCUUGCAGCUGACAACACAUUGACAAAUCUUCUGCCGGAGUCGUUUACUUCGCAAAGAUUCGUGACCGAAUUGGACAUGGCUGAGCCAAGCGGCGAGCAAGCGCAAACUCAACCUCUUCUCUGUACUGGCUCAUUAACGCCAUCACGUGUAGUAAGCUCUCCGCUCUCAGAAAGCGACGCUAGUCAGCAGAGCUAUUCUAUGGAAGACUACUUGGAUGAAGAAUACGUUACACCGUCCACUUCACCAAUCAUUCUACCACAUCAGCAAAGCAUGAAUAAAUCUAUAAACUCUAGUGAAGCUAAUUCACGCUCCAGUUCCAAUCAAUCUGCUGAAGAUGUAUCUACGAUGCAGCCCUCAACAGAUCUUUCGUUAAAUUACACUCAUAAACAGCCUCAUCCUACCUCUCUCGCUACAGGAAUUGAGCAGACAGCGUCGCAUCUGAAGGCAAUACCUAGUAAUGAAAUGAUCUUGCCGGACGAUAGGGAACCAGCGAUUGUAUGGGAUCCUGCAAAAGGUCGAUACGUGGACACUGACGAUACCGAAGAAGUGACAACUGCUUCACCUACUGCUUCACCUCUCAUGCUAGAUGCUCAAAUUUCGAACUUUGGCACUAGCGGACUUGCGGCAGCUCGCAAAAGCGGGGGAUCUCGUUAUUACAACCCAUGGAAGAAACAGUCGUCAGUGGAUGAUGUUAUUAGUCCACCAUCCGUACCGGUCCCUGCGGCUACGCUUCCACCGCAUUUCGGAUUUAUUCCCACCACGCCUGACGAUGCUGGAGAACUGUCUGCAUUCAGCGAACAAGCGCCAUGA